UCUGCGUGUCUUCGUGAAAAAACCAAAGAGGGAUUUAGAACACAACAGAGGCUCCUCUUUGUGGCGCGAAUCUGAACCACCGUCACAGAAAAAAACGAAGAUGGCUAGUGGUAGUUUGAAGAACAUGUUGAGUGCAGCAAUCAAUAAAGGAGUGGUGGAAUCACGAGCCAGGAUCUUCGGCCACCAAUUGAACCCCACUGGCCAGCAAACUCCUCACAAGCUUCUCCGCAUGAAGCUCUUUGGUGAAAAAGUCGCUCAGUGGUACCCUCACGACAUCAAGAAAGACGAUCCUCUUGUCAUGGCCCGUCAAGAACAAGAACGCUUAUCAAAGCUUGAAAUGUUGAAGCGGCGAGGAAAAGGACCACCCAAGAAGGGCCAAGGAAGGCGUGCUGCCAAACGCAACAAAUAAAUUAUACUUUCACCUCUCUCUUUCUCUUUGGAAUUAUUUUGUGGGUACUCUUUUGAGUUUUACUUUUUUUUAUCAGAAUGUAAACUAAUGCAUUUUAGAGUUGAAACCACUAGCCUAAUUUGGUUGAGGUUUCUGUUCUCUAUGUGCAAUUAAAUUUUCUGAUAUUGAUUCAGUCUAUCUUGGAAGUUGGAAUGCAACCACAAGGUUAUAAAUUAUAAAGUACCCAUUUUCUUAUUUUGUUAGUAUUAUUGUCGGAGUUUUAGAUGAACUGAACUCUGUCACUAUCAAGAAGCCGGUGCCUAUCUCAUUUUUAUCGGGCA